AUGAGCUCAUCAGCCGUGCUCUACAACCCAAUCAGUUUCUCAUCUGUAGCAAUAGUUUCAAGAACCCAUUUCCCCUUUCUAAUUCCCAAGGAUUCCCAAAAACCCCAAAUCAGAAACCAGGAAAACGGGCCGAUUUUCAAGAAACUCAGCCGGGCCGUGAGGGCGGGCUUAGCCGGAGCUCCGGGAAAAUCCGGGCAGGCCUUAGCCGGAGAGUACUCAAACCCGCCGGCCCAAAAGAAGCUUCGGGUCUUGGUGGCCGGCGGUGGGAUCGGGGGGCUGGUUUUCGCGCUGGCGGCGAAAAGGAAAGGUUUUGAGGUGGUUGUGUUUGAGAAGGACUUGAGCGCCAUUAGAGGGGAAGGUCAGUACAGGGGCCCGAUUCAGAUUCAGAGCAAUGCUCUGGCUGCUUUGGAGGCCAUUGAUAUGGAGGUUGCUGAGGAGGUUAUGUGCGCUGGGUGCAUAACUGGCGACAGGAUUAAUGGCUUGGUUGAUGGAAUUUCUGGAAAUUGGUACGUCAAGUUCGAUACAUUCACUCCUGCAGCCGAACGUGGGCUCCCAGUCACCCGAGUUAUUAGCCGCAUGACUUUGCAGCAAAUCCUUGCCCGUGCGGUUGGCUCAGAUACUAUUAUGAACGAAAGCAAUGUAGUUGACUUCAACGAUGAUGGUCAAAAGGUUUCGGUUAAACUUGAAGACGGUCAAUGUUUUGAAGGAGAUCUUCUUGUUGGGGCUGAUGGGAUAUGGUCAAAGGUAAGAAAGAAUUUGUUCGGUCAAACUGAAGCCGUAUACUCUGGCUACACUUGCUACACAGGAAUUUGUGAUUUUGUUCCUGCUGACAUCAAGACAGUUGGGUAUCGAGUAUUCUUGGGCCACAAACAAUACUUUGUUUCCUCAGACGUGGGCGGGGGGAAAAUGCAGUGGUACGCAUUUUACAACGAGUCACCUGGUGGAGUUGAUAAGCCUAAUGGUAAAAAGGAGAGGCUGUUAAAGUUAUUCGGAGGUUGGUGUGAUAAUGUUUUGGAUCUAUUAGCCGCAACCGAUGAAGAUGCCAUUCUUCGUCGUGACAUAUAUGACCGGACUCCAAUAUUUACAUGGGGAAAGGGUCGUGUGACGUUGUUGGGUGACUCGGUUCAUGCUAUGCAGCCAAAUUUGGGUCAAGGUGGAUGCAUGGCUAUUGAGGAUGGGUACCAAUUGGCAUUGGAACUCGAUAAAGCUUGGAAGCAAAGCAUCAAGUCGGGAAGACCGAUUGAUGUAGUCUCCUCUUUGAAGAGUUACGAGAAUGCUCGAAAGUUACGCGUUGCUAUCAUUCACGGGCUAGCAAGGAUGGCUGCAUUAAUGGCAUCAACUUACAAGGCAUAUCUAGGUGUGGGACUCGGCCCACUAUCGUUCUUGACUAAAUUUAGAAUACCACAUCCGGGAAGAGUUGGGGGAAGGAUUUUUAUCGACAUUGGUAUGCCCUUGAUGCUAAGCUGGGUUCUUGGUGGUAACGGUUCGAAACUCGAAGGAAGAACACUACACUGUCGACUUUCUGACAAAGCCAGUGACCAGUUAAGGACAUGGUUUGCGGAUGAUGAUGCUCUCGAGCGAGCUCUUGAUGCGGAUUGGUUUUUAUUUCCGAUUGGAGAUUCGACGACAGCAUCUGAAACUAUAUUCCUACGUCGAGACGAGAAGAAACCCUAUGUAAUUGGGAGUGUACCACAUGCAAGCUUUCCUGGAUUGUCGAUAGCUAUACCGUCACCUGAGGUCUCGAAAACGCAUGCUCGGAUAAGUUACAAAGACGGAGCCUUUUUCGUGACCGAUUUGAGGAGUGAGCAUGGUACCUGGAUAACAGAUAACGAAGGCAGAAGGCAUCGUGUAACCCCCAAUCUCCCUACCCGUUUUCACCCUACGGAUACCAUUGAGUUUGGGUCGGAUAAGAAGGCAGCCUUCCGUGUGAAGGCUAUGAAAUUCCCGCCAAAGACAACAAAGAACAAGGAUGACAAUGAAGUUCUGCAAACAGUAUAG